AUGAGGCGGACUUUGCGUCGGAAGCCGAGUCCGCGCUCUGUGGCCAAGGCGGAAGAGGAACCUGCAGCGGCGGCUCCCCGCAGGUCCGGGAAGAAGACCGUCUCGAAGCCGCUCAGUCAGAUCUUCCAGGAGUUGGAGGAGAAGGCCGCUAGGGAGGGCCGCCAGUCCGAGGAGCCGGUGGCCGGGGAGGAGCCUUCCUCCUCCACCUCCGUGGAGUGGGACAUGCACGCGGCUAAGAGGUCCCGCCCCCCGGGUCUCCGUCGCGACAAGGCCAUGCCUGGGCCCUCUGCCCUGCAGGAGCCUACCGCCUCGCGGCCUUUGGAGAACUUCGUGGUGUUCCACUGCCUGGACUGCUCCGCCGUACUUGGAGACUCAGUGCAUUUUUGCGGGGAGGAGACGCGCCCCCUGAGCAUCCUCGUCUUCAACCGAAUCACAAAUAAUGUCAUUUUGGAUAAAUCCUUACUGGUUGGCAUUGAAGGUGCUCUUCUGGGCAGUACUUACAACCCUUUAUUCUGCCAGUCUUGUGGACAUUCUGUAGGCUUCAGACUUUAUUCUACAUAUGCUGCCUUUUCUGACUUGAAGGGUCUUUUCUGCCUUUUUAAGAACAGCAUUGUGUGCUAUCUUUUAAAAACAAAAUCUAUAGUAAAUGCAACAGAGAUGGAAUUUCCCAUUAAGCGUCUAAAUGAAGAAAUUUCAAAGCUAAAAGAGAAGAUUCUGAUGAUGGACUCAAACUUAACAACAAUAAUUCAGGAUCUGAAGACAAUAAUCCAUGGACCAUUGGACGUAGAGCUAGAGUAA